GCAAGUCACUCAACACGAAAUACAAUGGACCCAAAACCACGACUGGCAUGUCAACAGUGCAAGCAGAGGAAGAUACGAUGCGACAAAGGCACGCCAUGCUCGGCAUGCAGUCGUUCAGGGCUCAGCUGCCACGUCAUUCAGCGUGCCAGAUUACCUCGGGGAAGAACCGCGAAAACGCGUAGCGCCAAUACAAAUAUCGAGACGCGUAUUGUGCGCAUAGAGCACCUUCUCGAGGAGUAUAAUCAAAAACAUGCGCUUCCAUUGCAUCCCAGUGCACAGAUUGAGGACCAUCCUGUAGUGAAUGGAAAUGCCUCAGUUGGAACUGCAUCAAAUGCCAGGAUGGACGAUUUUGUUGCUCCAGACUUUUGGAAGCUGCUCUCUGAAGAAAUCAGUGGCUUGCGCGAGACUCUAGAAAGUGGAAACGAAGACGACAAGAGUCUCAAGACGGACCCGACACCUGAGCCAGACGACGAUGCCUCGAGAGCUGGUGCAAUCCUAUUCCGCCAUCCAAUUUUGCACGCGCCGUUUUAUCUGCCGUCUGCGACCGCUCAGGCGAAACUCCUCGAAAUCUAUCGUUUCCGAGUAGAAAGCGCAUAUAAACUCUUCCAUUGGCCCACGUUAAUGCGGACUUUUGAGCAGAAUCAGCAACCAAAACAAACAUCCGUGCCUGUACGAGCCUUGCAGUUUUCAAUUAUUUUCAUGGCCUAUUGCGCCAUCACCAACGAGGAGGCCGUCGCUCAGGAUCUUGGGGAUAGAAUAGAAAUGCUGGCACUCUAUCAAUCGGCCACUGAAGAUAUGCUGGCUCGAUCACAAUUGCUCUUGGGUCCUGACCUGAUCACCCUACAAGCAUUCGUCGUAUAUCUUCACGCUUUACGAACCUGCUCAAAUAGCGCAACAACUUGGACGUUGCUUGCCAUUGCAGUAAGAGCCGCCACCGCACUCAGGCUUAGCAAAGGUCUCCCGAGCAACGCCUCCACGGUCGAUCGAGAGCUGCGGCGACGCUUAUUGUUCGCGAUCGGUAUACUUGAUUCACACGCAUCAAUGGACCGAGGUACAGUCCCCAUGGUACCGUUGUCAGAAUUUCAGUCUCCUCCUCUUGAUAUAAACGACAGUGACCUAUCAUCAGCAAGCAAAGUGCCUAUGGUAGGUUCGCCCGGCUUUACUGACAUGACCCACACCAAGCUAGUUUAUGCGGCUAUGUUGAGUCAACGUAAGCUGUACGAGCUCUCGUCCAAUGCGGACGGCACGGACUGGUCACACUGGCCGAAAAUGGUCGCUGUCAUUGACGAUUUGAAGCAACAUGUGGAGAACGAUCUCUGUAGAUUCAAGGCUGAGACCGGGCCAUUGGUAAUGCAUCACAUUGAAUGUGGUCCAAAAAUCCUAGUUAGCUUGGAGCUGUUUCUGCGAAGGCCUUCCUACAGAUCUUCUCGCAACAUAGUCCCACCAUGGGAUGAUAUGAACAUCCUGGAGGCAGCUACUACCGUCCUCGAAGAGCAUUUGAAACCCAUGCCAGCGGAACUUGCUCCUUGGGCCUGGAAAAGCUGGGUACAAUGGCAUGCACUGGCUGUCGUCCUUGCUGAAUUGCUCGUACAACCUUACGGGAGUCUAUUCGACCGUGCCUAUGCCGCUGCUAGAAAGGGGUUCUCUAGCUAUACUACGCUCAUUGCCGAUGGCGACUCGGGGAUGCUUUGGAAACCAAUCGCUAGGCUAAUGCAUCGCGUGCAGCGCCUGAGACAGCCGCCUUUACAGGAGGUUCAAAGGCCUAGUACUCUCCCGAACACAGCUCUUGCCUUGCAACCUAACGACUCAUUACCUCAAGAAGCUUCUGCAGUUUCUGAGACAUUUUCCUUCGAUACAUGGGACUUUCAACUGGACGACACAAGUUUGUUUCCGAAUGCAGAUUAUCAAAGCUAUGAGCAGCUUGACAAUCUUCAUGCUCCGAGAGAGAAUCCAUGGCUUGCAUGGGAUUGCUUCCUCGAAGAUCUGAAUUUUCCUGGCCCGUGAUGGCUAAUGCGUCCAACAUCUAGCCUCUGGUCUCUAGUUGGAAGGAACCGCGCCAAAAACUCUCUCGUCCUAUGGCACGAGGGUUCAUCUGGAGAAUUGUAGCAAGAUCUACCGCGUAAUCAAAGAACCCAGCCAUUCCAGAUGAGAUGUCUUUUAUCCUCCGCAAAAGGUCGUUCCAAAUCUUCUUUUCGUUCCGGCGUCCCCUCUCGCUCUGGCCGUAGCUGGAUUAUUCUUUAAAAUCGCACUCUGACAAAUAUCACCCAUGACUUUCUCUUCCUGCUGCCAAGGCAUGGAUAUAAGAUCUGCUUUCUUUCUCGGCGCUCCACACCAUCAC